AUGCCUGCACCUGGCGAUCAACACAAGCCGAACGGCACCACCACCCAAAAUCCUUUCGAAGAGGUGAAACCACAGAUCAGCGAAUAUACAGCACAAGAAAUCGCGACACUCCAGAGCAGACUCAAUAAGAGACUCGGCCCUGAAUAUAUCUCAACAAGAGCUGGUCCUGGGAAUUCGCGCGUCGCCUACCUGUCUGCUGAAAAAGCCAUCAAUCUCGCCAAUGAGGUCUUCGGCUUUUGUGGCUGGAGCAGCUCCAUCCAGAACAUACAGAUCGACUUUGUCGACGAGAACCCAACCAAAGGCACAAUAUCUAUAGGCCUCUCCGUUGUCGUACGAGUGACUCUCCGGAACGGCGCUUAUCAUGAAGAUACAGGCUAUGGCGGUAUUGAGAAUUGUAAGAGCAAGAUCGCAGCAUUUGAGAAAGCAAAGAAGGAAGGGACCACCGAUGCUCUGAAAAGAGCUCUUCGGAAUUUCGGGAAUGUAUUGGGAAACUGCAUAUACGACAAAGAGUACAUUGCGAAGGUUUCCAAGGUCAAAGCUGGCCAGGGCAAAUGGGACGUUAACGAGCUAUAUCGACAUGCUGAUUUUGCUCCCAAGAAGGAGGAAGAGGACAAGAAGCUUGUUCCCACUGAACCUCAGCAACCUAAUCAGGCCGUGAAUCUCGUGGCCGAAGAAUCUUUCGACGUAAACGACUUCGAUGAGGCGGAUUUCGAUGAUCUGGGCAAUCCAGACGAAGUGAUGCUACCACCCGUCAACGAAGGACAGCAAAGAAAUGGUCCCCAACAGCAUCCGGGAAGACCGCAGUCUUAUCAGCAAAUGACACCUUCCAAACCGCCUCAAAUUCGACACGACCAGCAACGAAAUCAAGCACCAGCAAGCAGACCACAACAACCACAAAUAAUUCAUCAGAAUGGGGAACAGGGCUCUCGUGUGGCUCCACACCUAAGGCAAAAUCAGAAUCCUGGCGCAGUGACGGAUACAAACCACCCACAGUCUCGCUCUUCUUCGCCUGGCGUAGCAUCGCAGCACUUUGCUCCUCCACAAGCGCCACCUGGUCCUCAAAGCUUGGGGUUCUUUUCAGCACGGGCAGCCGAAGUUCUUGACGGCAACAACAACCCGACAGGCAAUACACCUGUUGCCAAAUUCAAUCCAUAUUCUGAGUCGCCUUCGAUACGAAAGACUAGUGGCGUAGAUCAUUCUAAAUCAGCCGCGCUGAACAGAAACACAUUAAGGGUUGAACCUCCCCUACAACGAGAUGAGACGCUCCCCAAACUGCCAGUCGAGCAAGCCAGGAAGGUUGGACAACCUGGCCAGACUGGUGCUGGUAUGAGUCCCAGUUUCCCACGAAUGGGUACAAGUGCUUACCGUCCACCUACACGACACGGUGCCACCAAUGGUGCCAGCAGCAACGCUGUGCCUGGUGUCGCGGGUACCGAGAGAGUACUCACCGCUGCCAAGAGGGCUCCCUUGGGUGAUCUGAGCAAUGUUCAGCAUCAGCCUACUGCGGCUGCUGGUGACGGUGGCGAUUUGAAGAGGCAGAGAACUGGGCCUGGCCUUACUGGGAAUAUAGAUAACCACAAUACUGCUGCUCCAGGCUGA